AUGCUUUAUUUAAUUCCAUUCCUAAUUUCAUUCAUUGAAAUUGUCAAUGCUGUUACAGUGCCUCAAGUUAAAACUACUGCUGAUGAUUUAUCAAAUAAAUAUUUAGUCACCUCAUUACCAGGUAUGGAAUCACUUCCAAAAGAUUAUUCUAAACCCAUAAUGUAUGCCGGAGAAAUUCAAUUGUAUCCUCAAAAUGAUUCAAAUUAUUUCUUUUGGAAAUUUAUUGAUUCGGCAAAACCUAAAGGAAGUAAAAAUAUAACUACAUUCUGGUUAAAUGGAGGACCAGGUUGUUCAUCUUUAGAAGGUGCAUUUUUAGAAAAUGGACCAUAUAGAAUAAGUAAAUCAUUGAAAUUGGAAGUAAAUAAUGGAUCAUGGCAUAAGGUAUCGGAUAUGAUUUAUGUCGAUCAACCUGUUGGAACUGGAUUCAGUUUUGCUAAUAAAGAUAUUUAUUUAUCUGAGUUAGAUCAAGUUGCUCAAUAUUUCAUCAAAUUUUUAGAAAAGUAUUUUGAAAUUUUCCCACAAGACUUAAAAAAUGAUUUGUAUUUAUCUGGAGAAUCAUAUGCUGGUCAAUAUAUUCCUUACAUCGCCAAUGCUAUAUUGAAAAGAAAUGCUAAUUUGCCCAAUGACAAAAAAUUCAAUUUAAAAAGUAUAUUGCUUGGAAAUGGAGCUGUAUCACCUGAUGAACAAAGUUCAAGUUUCGUUCCAUUUUUUCAAGAAAAAAAUCUAAUCAAUGUGAAUGAUAAAUCAAAUCGUUAUUUACAAAACGUUGUAUUACCAGAGUAUGAAUCAUGUAAAGAUACUAUUCAACUGCAAAAUGUCUCCGAUACAACUAUUGGAGAAGCAAACGGUGAUGAUUGUAGUAGAUUAUUAGAUGAUUUAUUAUAUGUAACUCGUAAUAAAUCAGCACCAACAAAUCAACAAUGUAUUAAUGUUUAUGAUUAUACAUUGAGAGAUUCAUAUCCAUCAUGUGGUGGAAAUUUCCCACCAACUUCAUCAUAUUUGACAUCAUAUUUAAAUCAACCAUCAGUUAUUCAGAGUAUAAAUGUUAAUAAAACUAUAUCAUGGCAAGCAUGUAGUAGUCAAACUUACAAUUUAUUUUCAGCAAUAAAUUCAAAACCUUCAGUUACAAUUUUACCUGAUAUUUUGAAACUAAUACCAAUAGUUUUAUAUAGUGGAGCAGAUGAUAUAAUUUGUAAUACUAAAGGAGUAAUUGGUUAUUUACAAAAAAUGAAAUGGCAAGGUUCAAUUGGAUUUACAGAUGUUAAUAAAACUUCACCAUGGAUUGUUGGAAAUGAAAAAGCUGGUUGGGUAUUACAAGAAAGAAAUUUAACAUUUGUAAAUGUUUUUAAUGCUAGUCAUUUGGUUCCAUAUUCUCAACCAUUAAUUUCAAGAUCUUUAUUUGAUUUUGUUUUAAAUACUUUUUCAAAAAAGAUUGUAAAUGGUGAAACUAAUUAUAUUUCUUCCAAAAUAUAA